AAAGGUCAUUUGUUAGGGAUGCGUUUGUGUUUAUUUUCAAUAUGGAAUCAAAAAGAGGCAACAACUUACAUAGACUGGAGCAAAAAAAUUUAAUUUUAAAAUUUUUACUAAUUGGUGAUUACGGCGUCGGAAAAACUGCCAUAGCUAGAAGAUACACUGAUGGGAAAUUUUCAUCUAAUUACAAAUUAACUGUGGGUGCUGAGUUUUCUAUGAAGGUGAUACGCUGGGACGCAAAUACCAUUGUGAACAUACAGCUGUGGGAUAUUGCGGGGCAAGAAAGAUUUGGUUACAUGACAAGAGUCUAUUAUAAAAAUGCAGUCGGCUGUGCAAUCGUUUUUGACAUAUCGAGGCUCUCUUCAUAUAACUCAGUUGUAAAGUGGCUGAAGGACUUGAGAAAAAAAGUUGUCUUUGAUGAUGGCAGGGACAUUCCAGUUAUACUGUUAGCAAACAAAUGGGACAUUGGUGAAUGCUGUGCCUGUGACGAGGCCAUCAACAAGCUGUGUAGAGAAGUUGGUCUCUCGACUUGGUUCAAAAUUUCUGCCAAAGAAAAUUUAAAUAUCGAUAAGGCAAUGAACUAUUUAAUAGAGGAAGUGUUAAACACAUGGAUCGAAAAAUCAGAAACAUCUGAAACCAACUGCAUUGACUUACUACAGAGCGAUAAACCAAAAGAGAAUUCAUGUUGUAAAUGACAUACAUAGUUAUAUUUAUACAAUUGUAAAUAAAUUUAAAAGUGUAUAAAAGCAAACUGUUGUACUAAAAAAUAAGGACUAUUAAAGUUUUAAGAAAUU